AUGAGUACUGGUAAGACUAUGGCGAAGGAGGCUCAGGCUCGAAAACCAGUUUCUCUACUAGGAAGCUGCGAGUCUCAGAAAGAAAUUGUCUUUGCAUCCUUCACUGACACGUCCAAACUGCGGUUCCUUGAAGUGUUUGACGGCGUCGUCAUACGGCUGUGGAUUCCUACCAUCAAGAAGAAACCGGCCCAUACCAUUCCACCAAAUUGCGUGCCAGUCCUCGUUGCAACCAGUUGGAAAAACCCUGCUCGCCUGGGCUGCACGAGUGGUGUUAAAGGAGCUUUGAAGUUCGACACUGUGUUAGCUGGUGGUGUAGAACUUAAGGGGACCUGGGCACCGCAAAAAAUAGACAUUUACUCCUAUGAAUACUAUGGAGAAAAAGUCAAGGACACUGCAGGCGCCAAAAUCAGAGUACAGAAUGUUACUGACCGCGGGCCAAAGCUGAAUAAGCGCCAUGAGGUGUCUGUGUUCAACCUUCAGUCAAAGACGCUCUCGCAUUUGAGUCGACACUGCCCCAAGACUCAGACGCUGAGGAGGCAGAAGAUUCAUCAUCAGACUCGCAUGAUGGUUCAGACGAGGAGUGGGCAAGCUGCCAUUCCCUUGUUUUUGACGGAAUCUGGGCCAUCGACAGGCUCUCAGCCAUUUCCAUUGACUCAACUUGCUCAGUCCAAUAGCCUCAAAACGGCGUCGUUUCGUAGCAGUCCACUCGGAGUGCCAGCUGGUACUGCCAUUCAAUUCCUAAAGUCGAAGAGUGCAUUAUCAUCCCCACCCGAAUUUGUGUCAGUCAGCGAGGCGGAUGUCUUGUGUCGCAGUCGAUCACAUGUUGAUGACCCUUUUGCACCGGAGCAGAUCAAUCCCUGGGAUUCUCACUAUUCCAUGAAGCCCACUAACCUCCAGCUCAUGUUAGGAGGGUCGGUUACCGUUUCCCAAACAAUGUUUGACAAGUGA